UCAAUAACAACCUUCAAGGACGCCGCUGGUGCUAUAAAAGUCACGCCAUGGGGCACGCAGGUUAGGUUACUCGAGCCCCUGAAGGUGACGGUGAAGUCAGACACUUUAUUAAAACAUUUGAUCAGUUAGACCAUCUACCUGUUAAAAUCAUCGACAAGACGAAAUGAUUUUCAACAGAGGUGGAGCUGUAGUUUGUUUGAUAAUGUUCUUAACAAUUGUCGCUCACGGAAAACGCCGAAUCGGUGGCGAACGAUUGAAAUGCGACUUUGAAGAAGACAUGUGCCGCAUCAAGCAAGAUAAAACCGAUGAUGGCAGGUGGAUUCGGUGGAAUGGGGAUGGUCAGAUUUCUAAAUUGGAGACGCCUUCUAAUCAACUAAACAAUAACGACACAGGAUAUUUCAUGCAUGCCUACGCUUCUGGUAUAUCAAGACUUCUGAGUCCACAGUAUCCGUCUGUCGGUGCAGGCGGCCCAAAAUGUUUGACUUUUUGGUACAACAUAUUCGGAAGCCGGCGAUCGGGAACACUCAGUAUUUAUCAAAGCCUCAACGAAACCUACUUUGGUCAACCAAUAUGGCAAAUAACAGGAGAUAUGGGGAACGUUUGGCGUCCCAUAGAGAUAGAUCUGACUAGUGACCAUUCAUUCAGAAUUGUGUUUGAGGCUGAUAGAGAAAUGAGAGAUAUUUCCAUAUCCAUAGACAAUAUACUCAUCUCAGAUAAUGUCUGUCCUGGCGGCAUGUAUUCUUUAGAUCCAAAACUUACGUGUGAUUUUGAAAACGAACAAUUGUGCGGCUACGUGCAAGAUCUGAGUGACGACCUGGAUUGGAAACGAUACAGUGCGCAAGACGGCGCUUCGGGAGAUGGACCAGACGAAGACCAUACUUUUGGUGAAGAUUAUGGUUUUUAUAUUUGCAUGAAUCAACAACGUACUCCGAAAUUACCAGGACAUCGAUCACGCGUAAUCUCGCCUGUCUUCAAUACAAGUUCAGAUGACGACGAUCAUUGCAUUAAGUUCUGGUAUUUUCUCAGUGGCUAUGAAGUUGGGGAAAUCAACGUAUACAUGUACUACGGGGACACACUAGAGACGAUGUUUAAUGUUGGGGACGACCAGAGUGAUAUCUGGCACAGGGCUUACUUCCCAGUUCCACCAAACGUUGAAAGUUUCAAAAUUGGAUUUGAGUCGGUCAGAGGCCAAGGUGACGGCGUACACUGUAUUGAUGACGUUGAAAUUAUCGACGGUACAUGUGAAACAUUACUGACCACAGCAGCUCCAGUGAUAACUACUCCUGAGCUUUUGAUAGACAACGCAAAUUGCGAUUUUGAAACUGAUUGCAUUGAUAUGUAUACAAACCAAUAUUUUGGCGAGUCCGAUAUAACUUCUGGGGAGAACGCAUAUGACAAAUGGUUAACAUCACAUUCGAAUUCACAUUAUGGCCGAUAUCUACCGUCCAAAGAUCACACUUUAGGCACUACAGCUGGCCAUUAUAUGCACCCCUCCAGGAAUUAUAACAACAAAAUUGUUAGUUUACGCACUCCGAUGAUGUAUCAGCGAAACCACACCAAAUGUUUGCAGUUUUAUUUCACCUUGAACGACCAGUAUAGUACGGCUCAUCUCAACGUGUAUAUAGACGAUUCGGCAUCUGCUGGAAUGCCUACUGAUCCAGUGUGGACAAAGUACACCUCGAGUGCCUAUAGUGAGUGGACUCUUGCCGAAAUAGAUAUUCUACCGACUGGAGGAGAUUUUUCUGUUAUCUUUAAUGCUGUGACUGGCUCCGGAAAUGGUGUUGAUGUGGCCAUUGAUGACAUAGUAUUUCUCGACCAGGAAUGUUCCUCAGUGACGAUUGCUCCAUGGAUUUCCACUAUUGAUUGUGACUUUGAAAGUGAAGACCUAUGUGGUUAUACAAAUGCAUUUUCGGAAAAUUGGAUACGAAUAAAUGGAUCGACGCCUUCUAAAGACACUGGUCCACAUGACGAUCAUACGACAAAUACCGCUCAGGGUCACUACAUGUAUAUGGAAUCAUCACCUCCUAAUUUUCAUGGUAGUAGGGCUAGGCUCGUGUCACCGUACAUCAAUUAUGUUGAUGGGCCAAUGUGCCUUCAGUUUUGGUACAACAUGAACGGAGAGGACAUAGGAUCUCUUAAUGUAUACCGGCACAAUCCAAGCAGUUCAUCGCUAUGGUAUAUGUCUGGAAAUCAGGGUCCUGAAUGGAAACUAGCCAAGGUUGACGUGAACUUUUUAAGGACUUCGUACUCCGGGGACAAAACCUACGUCGAUUUUGAUUUCCAAGUGGCGUUCGACUCUACUUUAGGCAAAGGAUACAGAGGAGAUAUAGCUAUUGACGAUGUUAAGCUUCUAAAUCAAGACUGCAAUUCAGUACAACCCCAGGCCAGAAAAAGUAUUGAUUGUGAUGCAGAGGCUGGUAUAGAUGAAUGCGGUUUCACAAGUGACCCGCGUUACCGAAGUUGGAUGUAUUUUGAUUAUAAGUCAUCGGAGGAAACUAUAAAAACAGCUAAGUUUCCACCAAGUCUGAUGUCAGAAUACAACUCGUUUCUGUACUGCGAUCAAAUUUCCUAUAAUAGCCAUACUCUUUUGGUAUCGCCUCCAGUGAUGCCGGCACCAGAACAUUGUUUGACUUUCUCUUACAUAAUAAAAGGCGCCAAUCUUCGUGUCAGUGUCAAAAAGAAGGCAUCAGAAUAUAUGGACAUCAUCGCAUUAAAGAAAGAGUUAUCACCGCUUUGGAGAAGUAUACAAAUUCCUAUGAUUGUCAAUACAACCGACUCUUUCACGGUGAUGUUCAAAGGAGAAUAUUCAUCGUAUCAUAACUUUGUUGCUCUGGACGACAUCAAGGUAAUGCCCGGAAGAUGUCCAGACGCUAUCCCUGUCGAGAAACUUGCAUGUGACUUUGAAAAAGAUUGUCGAUUUGUUGUCAGCGACGCCGAAGACUACGCGUGGCAGAUAUCCAAUAAAGACGUGCAUAAUAGACUACUACCAUCAUACGACCACACCUUUGGAACACCCUCAGGUCACUAUUUCUUCAUAUCAUUUGGAAGAAACUAUCAUGGUGAAGAUCGUAGACUCCUGCGUACCCCACUAGUCAAACAAACCGGAAGUAAACGCUGUCUGCAGUUUUAUUUUUACAUGGAUUCGUACAAAACAAAUAUGCUGAAUGUUUACGUCGAAGAUGCAUCCCUUGGUCGCCUCCACGGAGAUCCGAUAUGGAGAACAUAUGGUAGGUCUGUUGAUGCUUCCCAGUGGAUUAAGGCUAGUGUUGAUAUUAUGCCAACUGAAGAAGAUUUUUCUGUUGUAUUUGAACCUAUCCCGAAGCCCUAUCAAGAAGCGGCAAUUGCCAUUGAUGACGUCAUAAUUCUUAGGCAGAAGUGUUCUAAAGUAAUUGAACAAGAAUGGAAGUCGACAGUGGAUUGCGACUUCGAAAAAAACAAUUGCGGAUAUUCAGUGCCUAAAGAUAAAGGAAAGUACCCGCGUGACUUUCAAUGGCAGAAAAAUGCUGGCAUGACAAAGACCUACGAUACUGGACCAAAUACUGACCAUACGUUCGAAUUGAGUGACGCUAAAGAAGGUAACUACAUGUACAUUGAGACAUCGCCACCACGAAAACCUGGAGAAGUUGCGAUUCUUGAGAGCCCACUUGUUCUACCCAUCAACACUUCUGUUUGUCUCGAAUUCUGGUACAACAUGUUUGGUGAAGAUACAGGUACACUUGAAGUGUACAGAAGCCAGCCAGCUAUGCCUAGCUACACCGGCUACAAAUUGUUAUGGCGGAAACAGGGGCAACGUAGCAAACGAUGGCUGAAGGCUGAAGUGCCGUUAAACACAAACUAUAAAGAUGGACAUAGAGACUUUAUUGAACACACCAGCAAGAUUCAUUUCAAAGGGACGGUUGGAUAUGGAUAUAAAGGAGAUAUUGCUAUUGAUGAUAUCAAACUCGUUUUAAAGUCAUGUGAACCCCCUCCCAAGCCAAGGGACCCUCCUCCAGUAAAUAAGACGAUCUGUGAUUUUGAAAAUGGCGCCAAUGAGUGUGGCUUUCAAGACUUUGGCGAAGAAGGAAGCGGUGCUGAAUGGAAUUACUUUAACGCCUCUUCAGUAAAAUUUGAUCCUACAAUUGAAAAUGAUGACCCUAGAGUCAACAUGUCAAAAGGCAAAAAAUCAUUCAUAUUUGCUGAUGCUUCAGAACUAAGAGCUGGUGAACAUGUCAUAAUAAUGACGCCCACUGUCGCCGCCAACAACAACUAUUGUUUGGUGUUCUCGUAUGUUGCAACAAAUGAUUUCAUCAUCAAUAUCUACAGCAGAAAAGAUUCUGGAGAAGAAAACUUUAUCAACCAACUUACGGGUGAAGAUGUGUUGAGUUGGACCACCAAAGCCGUACAUGUACCACCUCAUGCAGAGCCUUUCAAUAUUGUGUUUGAAGGCGUGAUCGGGCGUGAGGAUGAUGGUUUUCUUGCAUUGGAUGAUAUACAAGUUCAAGAUGGCGAAUGUCCUACAGGGGCGCCUGAAGUUACUGAUUCUGUAAGAGGCAUCGCUGAUGACCUGAAAGACGAGCCCACACAGGACAAAUCCCAAUCGACCGUUUCAACAGUUGUGAUAGCACUCCUUACUAUCACUUUACUUGUUGCCUUUGCCUUUGUAAUAUUUCUUGUCCUUGUGGUCAAAGGAUAUAGGAAGAGGCUGUCUUCUUCAAAUUCGAUAAUAACCGAAAGUGGAAAGGAGUCUGGAAAAAAACCAUCCAAUAGUGAGAACCCAUAAUUAUGUCAUCGAUUUUUCGCCGCAACUGUUCUUCGCUAAAUAGUAGAAAGAUAUUACAUGUGUGUACAUUUAGAUAAAUUGCAGGUCAAUGAAAAUAUAAGAUUUUAUGUGUCAUUUAUAUUUUAACUCAUUUCAAGCCUUUGGAGAAGUUAAGUAUACGAAUGAUACAUAAUGAUAUCACUUCGAACCCACAAUGCAAAGUGGCAAACAAUUGCAAUGUAUGAGUUACAUUCCGUAUGCUUAGAUCUGUAAUAUUAGAUACCGCAUUAAAGAAACAAUAAUGAAAUUAUCUGCUUUAUUAUAUAACUAAAAUUAUAAUAAAAGUUUGAGUGUCGCCUUAUAACUUUAUUGUGGUGGUACAGUAGUUGUUUGAUUGUCAAUUUAGUUUUGGUUGAAAUUCUUUCACAAAUUAGUCAUUGGUCACUAUUAAUUCUAGCUCUUAACCUAGCUCUCAGGUGGGCAAAGUGUGGCCCGUGGGCCGUAUGCGGACCGUCAGCGAUUUUUUUUAUGGCCCGCGACAAUGAAUUAAAAAACCGUAUGUUUGCGGCCCGCCAAUCAAAAUUGGCUAGAAAGCACCUUGUUUUUUUACGGCCCGACACCAAUAAUAUGUAAAAAGUAACAUUAAAACUGAGAAUAAAGGUGAUGUAAAAGCA